AUGGCUGUCUUGUUUACUCCGGAGCCUAUAGAGGGCAUUGAUUGGAACAAGUUAGAGUCAUCUUUGAUGAACGCCAGUGCCCAUAUCGAAACGCACUAUAACACCGAGUCUUGCCAGUGGUCAGUACCGGCGUUGUUGGUGGAUGCCGACGCUCAGAUUCAAGAUCCUGGUCCAGCAUUAAACUAUGAUCAACAAGACUUUGAUGGCGUCAAAGUGUACCGAAAUCCAAACGGCGAGAUCCAUAUCUUCCGGCCAGACUUUCAUGCCACAUGCUUCCAGCAGUCAUGCAUCGCUCAUUCGAUUGACCCAAUGUCGCAAGAACAUUUUAUUCGUUGUGUUGAGCUAGCCGUCUCGCGCAACGCGGAAUAUGUCCCUCCCCAUGAGAGCGAGGCCCUCCUCUAUAUCCAGCCUAUCAGAAGGGCAAACGAGUCGCAUAAUAUGUUGGGCAACAGGCCGUCUCACAGUUUCAUUUUUUGCGCACACCUUAUUCCUGAGAGCAUUUCGAAUGACAGUCAGCCGCUCACUGCCUUGGUUGUCGAUGAACUGGACAAAGCUACACCUAGGGAACGCUCUUAUCACCAGGCUGCUGUGACGGGAUACGAUCUUGCUCUUUAUUUUGAUAGUGAGACACAUACAGUGAUUAAAGGGUUCUCAUCGGCGGCAUUUAUCGGUAUCAUGGGAGGAGGCGAAAACAAACCCGUCCGCGUCAUAGGAUCAGACAGCUGCAGAGACAGACAAAACGUCACCAGGGAGAGUUGUAUGGCCAUUGCUCAGUCAUUAGGCUGGAUCACAGAGAAACAACGAAUCCACAGCGCAAUGCUGUCAGAAUUCAGUGAAGUUGUCGCCGCUGGAGCGAGGGAGGGCCUGAUUCCUGUCAAGUCAGUUACUCGUCUUCAUGACAGUAGUCGGGUCCAAGUUACCUACGGUGCAACCGAUGACGGCACGGCUUCACCGGCUGCCAUGGAGCUGUGUCAACGUCUGAAGGAUAUCCAGAAGGGGAAAGUGCCAAACGAGUUUGGAUGGUGUCAUAAGCUGCGAAUAUUAUAG